UUCUCAUCAUUAUCUCUCCCAUCUCACUACGAUAGUGCUAAAGUGAUACUCAAAUUUAGAGUGGGACUUGUACGUAAUUUGAGCUAUAAAAGCCGAAAAUCUUUAGUAAUAAUUAAUAAUCUACCAAAUCCACAACCCGUAUUCUCUUCAAAUAAUUUAUUUUGUACACGUCCGUUGUUGAAAUGCGUAGUACACGAAUCAUUCAAAUCUUGAACCAGGUCCGCGGAUUGACUUCUGAUGAAGCAGAGGAAGUUUUAAUUAGAACAAUUGAGGAAAACAGCCGAGAAGUAGCGGAGUUACAAACCCAACUUGCAAAAGUUUACCUGGAUAAAGCAUUGAAUAGCAAAAAGGAAAGGAGGAUGUAUUUGAAUAAAGCUCUUGAAGCGGUGAACAAUUCGCUCCGGAUUGAUAAAACGACAGAGGCGUUGGCUAUUAAAUGCCGAGUGUUGGGACACAUUAUAAUGUGUAAUGGUAUCAGUUAUGACAGUGUGCAGAAGGCGAUUGAAGUGAAGCAAACGAUGGACAAGCUGGAGGAGAUGGACUCUCAAAACGUGGAGCUGCCGCUUAUUCGCGGACUUCUAUAUUAUCAUGUUUCUGCUCCAAAUUGGUUCCUCAAACAGCUUCUUAAACGCUUAUGUGGAACAAAAUUGAAGGAACUGAUAAGCGGUGCAAGUUAUAAGAAAUCACUUGCUAACCUUACCAAGUACACAAAGGACACUAUUGAGUGGAGUUACGCUAUGGCCAAUUGCCAACGAAAACUGAAAAACUUCGAUAGGGCUGCUUUUUUUUAUGAAAAGAUGCUACAAAUGGCAGUAAAGAAUGUAUUUGAGGAGGUUUAUUUUUGUUAAAAUAAAAUAAAGUUUUGUUGCUUUUUCCUUUGCGGAGAAAAAAGACGAGAAUAUUUAUUCUCCUCGAGCAUUUCUGGUAUAGAAACAUGUAACGGAGUAUUAC